CUUUGUAAAUACGAUGAUUCCUCACCCGAUUAUAAUAAUCCGUCAUGCCUCAUUGGAAAGCCCCCUACGGUACUUGGUCUUCGCCAAUAACCACAGAGGCAAUAACUGGAGCCUCUACCUUGAACGUUGUUUUGAUUGAUCCCAUUACUUCUGUUGUGUGGAAGAGAGACCACUGAGGGAGGAAGCACCGCUCUAGUAGAAAUUGAGAGCGGAAACGACAGUCAUUGGGGCAGUUUCCAGUGCUGCUACGGGAGUACAUGAGUAUGGAGGAGGUGCAGCAACAGUCUACGAGGGUGAGGCGUAUUUUUCGAACUUCAAGGAUGGACGAAUAUACGAAAUGGAUGUCAAAGGAUCUCGCAGAUGGAACAUGCAGAAAAUACGGCCCAUAGAUUCGCCUGUAUCGAUGUUCACCCACGAAACAGGAACUUUUGUCGCCGUCCUAGAAGACCACACAAACGAUACACCUUCGGUCAUGGCCAACACAUUGUGUCUUGUGGAUGUUGGAAAUAGGAAGGUCACGACCAGCCUCGUUUCUGGCGUUGAUUUCUAUGCGAUGCCUAAUUUUCCUCCUGACGGACAGCGCCUCGCAUGGUUUCAGUGGUCGCGUCCAGACAUGCCUUGGGAAGGUACGCAUGGCUGGUGCUGUCACCUCUGCCAAUGAGCUCCACGUCGAGAACGUCGCCAAGCGAGUAUGAAAAAGUCAACGCCGGUUACGUGUCUUGGGCUUCGAAUUGCACAUUUCUCUUUACUUGCGACGCGUCAGGUUCAGCAACCCUUGGAAAUAUACAAAUGGUACAGCUUCUCCCGUUAUUCAAGAGCCCAUAUCAGAGGACUUCUCAAAUCCUAUGUGGUCUCAGCAUGUUUCCGUACGUUGUGUUAGAUGAGGAGGGUACAAAAGCGGUCUUUACGAGCUAUCGGGAUGGCAGAAGUGUCCUCGAUCUGAUCGACGUCAAAACUGCUGUCAAGCAGGAAAUUGAGAGUCCAUAUGUCGUUGUGGAGAAUAUGCGCGCGGUAUCCCUAUCCGUUCACCAGUUUGCUUUCGUUGGUCAGGAAAUAGAUGAAGGGCAGAGAGUCGUUCGGUGUAACAUUUCCGACCUGGAUACUUCUUCUCCCUCCACCUCAUUCACCACUUGGAGACCCAAUAGCAAUAUUGGACAAUUCGACAGCUGCCUAGCUUCCGCUCCACAAGGCAUGUACCACCCAAAGACGACCUCCUCCAUGUCAUGUAUUUCCAUCCUCAUAACCACGAGUAUUCCGGGUCAAGUGUUGACGGAGAGAAGUCUCCCUGUUGUAAGUGCGCACGGAGGUCCUACCGGGUUCAGGCUUAAGAUGGUCAAUCCAAUAUUUCACAUCUUGUGGGUUCGCAUGGCUCGACGUCAACUACGAAGGUAGCUAUGACUAUGGUAGAGUCUAACUGAUGUCAGGCCAGCCGUACAGCUUCAUUGACCCCAGACGCGUUGUCAUACGUGAGGUUCAGCAGGAGGAUUCACCACGUUGGCAACUCUUCGGACUUUGCUGCCGGGACGUCACUAUAUGGUAUAUCAGGUGUGGUGGCGCCGGCAGAAACUACACACAAGUUUGAGUCUCAAUAUGGCUUCAAGUUGUUGGGCGGGACUUAAUGAGGAGGUGCCGAAGAAUUACACCGAUAGGUCUCCCAUUAAUUAAUCAUAUAGAAAGUUUUGCAACUCCGUUGCCAGUGAGA